GGAGCGUGAGAGAGAAGAGAGAGAUAAUAGAGAGAGAGAGAGAGAGAGCGAGAGAGAGAGAAAAAGAAAAUUAAGCAGCUUGCAAGAGCAUUUUGUCAUGUUUACGUAUAAUUCUCCCAAUAUCCCGUCUUUAAAUCAAUAAAUCAAUAAAUAUCUUAAUAAAUGAACCUACACUGCCAUCUAUGUUCAAUCAUGCGAAAUACCCUUUCUUCAUUUGCGAGUAAUAUUACAUUUGGCUCUUAAUCUUUUACUAUCUUUUAAACAGAACUCCUACAAUAAUUAUUUCAGAAAUGUUAAACAUAAAAUAUAGACCUGAUUAAAAGGAUAUAAAAUAUUUAGACGUACCCCAAAGGUCGGCUAUAUUUAUCGAUUUUCUGUGCCUGGAAAACCGGCUCCGUUAACGAGUUUGUUUACAAAAUGAUCGUCCCAGAAAAACGACAGCUAAAACAAAGGCCAAAAGCAAUAUUACCCCAGACGCUGCUAGCAGUAGGAGCAACCUAAAGCAGCAAAGAUGGUGAAAAUGCAGAUUGUCAUUCUCGUGAGUUUUAUUGUUGUUUCGGCGUUGCUCAGUCGGGUGGACAGUGUUGCUGCGAUAGACGAUCAAACGGGGAACAUUGACGCGCGUGAGUCGCCAUGCUGUACGAAUAUGUUUACGGUGGAACAAUACAAUGGCACUUACACGCGGUACUGCCUCUUGCUGCAAGCCGAAAUUUUAUUUGACAUCCCGUACAAGGUCACGGACAGUGUCGUCGCUAGAGCGCUGAUCAAGCUUCCGGCAAACACGACCGACUACAGCGGCGUCUGCGGUGACGACGCAAACGACAUCAGCGUCAGAUUCUUCGACGGCUGGCAGCUGGACCUGACCUUCAGCCGACCUCCAGACGCCUCUUCUGAUCGUCGGAAUGCGUCGGCAGCUCUCAGCGAUGCAUCUCUGCGGUACAUCGUCACUGAGGAGCUGUUCCUCGCUGCUGACGACUCUAUAGUCGGCAACAACGUCAUCGUAGAGAAUGACGAUCUGCACGAGUACGAAGCGAAGAGCGGGACGUCGUAUCGCUGCGAUGCGGAGCAGCGGAUGAAGCUGACAGGAGAAGUGUACAUCAUCACACGCAGCCUCCGCGCGCAAGCCUUCAGCAACGCCGACACCGCAAGCUUCGCAGCCGCGUCGCAGCGAUGCGCGGCGGACAAGAACGAGAGUCAGCUGUUUCCGAUAAUCAUCGGCGGUUCGAUCGUAGCGCUCAUCACGCUUAUUGUCGUCAUGUUCUUCAUUCAGCGUAAGAACAGAAGAGCCAGAAGAGAAGGUUAUGUCAGAGUCUAGCCAUCGGAAUGUUGGCAAUGACACCUCUAGCUGCAGCUCUGGCGUAGCUAAGAUUUUUUCCGCGGGGGGGGGGCACUGGGGUGGCCUUACAUUUUCGUGGUGGGCACAAUAUAUAACUUUUCUUUGUAUUAUACUGUU